CGGACUGUCAGAUCUGUGUCACGCAUAAGUACUCUCUUUAUCUUACAAUCAAAUGAAUCGAGCAGGAGGAGGCUCCUCAACCAGCAUAUAAAUAACGAGCUACCCGACACAACAAGGAACCUGCGUGCAAAUCCAGCUUUACGGCAAAAAUGAACACUAAUUCUAUUGUUAUCGUUUCUGCUGCAAGGACUCCUAUAGGGUCACUCAAUGGAGCCCUUAGUGGUUUACCCCUCUAUGAUUUGGGGACAGUAGUCAUUAAAAAUGUGCUGAAGAGAGCCAAUGUAAAGCCAGAAGAGGUCUCAGAAGUCAUCAUGGGACAUGUCCUCACUGCAGGUCAUGGACAGAACCCUGCCCGGCAGGCAAGUGUUGGAGCUGGUAUCCCAUACUCUGUGCCUGCAUGGAGCUGUCAGAUGGUGUGUGGAUCUGGGCUAAAGUCUGUUUGUCUUGGUGCUCAGUCCAUCAUUACAGGAGAAUCCACUAUAGUGAUUGCAGGAGGCAUGGAGAGCAUGAGUCGGGCACCUCACAUAGUGCAGAUGAGGUCAGGAGUUAAGAUGGGAGAUGCUACUCUUCAGGACUCUAUAUUGACAGAUGGACUUACAGAUGCCUUUCACAAUUACCACAUGGGUAUCACAGCUGAGAAUGUGGCCAAGCAGUGGGGUGUGUCCCGGGAAGCUCAGGACCAGUUUGCUGUGACAUCACAGAACAGAACUGAAGCAGCUCAGAAGGCUGGCUAUUUUGACCAAGAGAUUGUGCCUGUCUCUGUUCCCUCUAGGAAAGGUCCAGUCGAGGUGAAAGUUGAUGAGUUUCCUCGGCAUAGUAGUAAUAUUGAUGCAAUGUCCAAGCUUAAGCCCUAUUUUGUGAAGGACGGUUCUGGUACAGUGACGCCUGGCAAUGCUUCAGGGAUUAAUGAUGGAGCUGCAGCUACUGUUCUCAUGAGCCAAUCAGAGGCCCAGAGGCGGGGCUUAAAACCAAUGGCACGGAUCGCGUCAUGGGCUCAGGCAGGCCUUGACCCUUCAGUCAUGGGCACAGGGCCAAUUCCAGCUAUUAGGAAAGCUGUUGAGAAAGCAGGAUGGAAGCUGGAUGAGGUGGAUCUGUUUGAGAUCAAUGAAGCUUUUGCAGCUCAGUCUGUUGCAGUGGUGCAAGAACUCGGUCUGAACCGUGAGAAGGUGAACGUGUGUGGAGGGGCUAUCUCUCUUGGACAUCCUCUCGGUAUGUCUGGCUGCAGAGUUUUGGUGACCCUGCUCCAUGCGCUUCAGAGGACAGAGGGGCAGAAAGGGGUUGCUUCACUGUGUAUAGGUGGUGGAAUGGGGAUUGCAAUGUGUGUAGAAAGAGAGUAAGGCUAGAGUACUUCUGAUAUAGACAUGUCCCAGCACUGUAAUUUUGAGCCUUUUCAGACAGAAUUCAACAGGCUAUCAUGACACUAAAGCAAUUACAGACUCAAGUCAGUAUUUGUAUGCACUGUAAACAUAACAAACCUACUUGCAAAGGACUUGGACAAAUGCACUUCAGUCUUUAAUGAUUAAUGGUACAAGAGGAAUUAAUGAAAGGCUGUCAGAUUUUAAGACAUUAGUUUUCCUCUUGUUUAUUGUGUGUAUUGUUGCUGAGCUAAAUCUAUAGAGCUUUAUUGGGAUAAAGUCUGUGCCUGUCCAUGUAGCUAUUACACUUCAUGUCAAUGAUAAAAUGUAGGGUUUGUUUUCUGUCUGUUUAAAAUGUGAUCAGGUUGCAGUAGAAUGGAAAUUGGACCUAGCGUUUAGAAUAGAAACUGUCCAGUGUGAAAUAGAAAGCUGCCUUAAAUAAUGUAAAAUCUGCCAAAAAGUUAAAUAAACCUCUAAC